UCCGGCGUGGCGGUGCCGCGGCUGAGGACGUGUGGCCGCCGCUGCCGGGAUUAGAGGCUCCUCGUUAAUCCUUUGCCGCAUUGAGGCGGCGGCUUUAGCCCUGAGCCCCCCUCCCUCCCCCGCGGCGCCCUGCCCGGCCGAGCCCAGCUAAGUCGCGCUAAUCGCAGGCGCCUAGCUCGGCCAGGGCCGCCGGGCCUGGGCCCGAUCACGGGCAGCGGUCUCCCCUCAUCUCCCCUCCGCACCUCUCUCCGGCGCGGCCAUGGAGCCGCGGCGGCCGCGACCGCGUUACUGCGCCCCCUCCUCGCCGCCGGGUCGCGGCGGGCGGGAGAACAAGGGGCUCCGUCGAAAAGGCCCGCCGGGGGCCGGGAGCGCCGGGGGCCCCGAGGAGACGGCGGACGGCAGGAAACCCAAAUUCCACUUAAAUAUCAAGACACUGACAGAUGAUGUGUUGGAUAGAUUUGCCAGUAUAAGAAUUCCAGGAAGUAAAAAGGAAAGACCUCCUCUGCCACAUAUGAAACAGUCACAUUCUACAGAUUGGUCAUCCACACCUAUGGAUGCGGAGGAUUUUGCUCCAAAACCCCUGUCGGAAAGAGAAGUCAUAGCACUGUUUGAAAAAAUGAUGGAAGAUAUGAAUUUAAAUGAAGACAAGAAGAUGCCAUUGAGAGAAAAGGAUUUUAAUACCAAAAAAGAAAUGGUGAUGCAAUAUAUUAGCACUGCUUCGAAGUCUGGAAGUCUCAAGAACAGACGGAAGAUUUCACCCCAAGAGUUUAUUCAGGAAUUAAAAUUUGGGUCAACAGAUGAAAGACUAGUCACUUGCUUAGAAUCUCUCCGUGUGUCCUUGACUAGUAAUCCUGUCAGCUGGGUUGAGAACUUCGGCCGAGAAGGUCUGGGGCUGCUGUUGGAUGUUUUGGAAAGACUGGUUGAGACAAAACACCAGGACAAAGUUGUGAAGAGGAGUCAGCAUAAGGUUAUACAGUGUUUGAGAGCCUUCAUGAAUAAUAAGUAUGGAUUGGAAAGAAUUUUGGGAGAAGAGAGAAGCCUUUUGUUGCUGAUCAAAGCAAUUGAUCCCAAGCAAACUAACAUGAUGACGGAUAUAGUUAAACUCCUUUCUGCAAUGUGCAUUGUUGGAGAAGAAAACAUCCUUGAAAAAAUUUUGGAAGCUGUAACAGCAGCAGCAGAGGAAAGGAAUGUUGAUAGAUUCUCUCCUAUUGUAGAAGGUCUUCAGGAUAGCUCAGUUCAGCUGCAAGUAGCUUGCAUGCAGCUCAUCAAUGCUCUUGUUACAUCUCCUGAUGACUUGGAUUUUAGGCUUCACAUCAGAAACGAAUUUAUGCGCAGUGGAUUGAAAGAGAUAUUGCCACAAUUGAAAUGUAUAAAGAAUGAAGCACUAGACAUUCAGCUGAAAGUGUUCAAUGAGCAUAAGGAAGAAGACAUGAUCGAGUUCUCUCAUCGUUUAGAAGACAUUAGAUCUGAACUAGAUGAAGUAAAUGAUGUUUACAACAUGGUGUGGAAUACAGUUAAGGACACUAGCGCUGAAGGAUAUUUUCUUUCUAUUCUCCAACAUCUUCUGUUGAUAAGAAACGAUUAUUUUAUACGUCCACAGUAUUUCAAAUUAAUUGAAGAGUGUGUGUCCCAGAUAGUGUUACAUCGAAAUGGAACAGACCCAGAUUUCACGUACCGUAAAAGAUUAGAUAUAAACUUCAGCCACUUAGUAGAUAUUUGUGUAGAUAAAGCAAGAUUAGAAGAAUGUGAAGAGAGGGCUUCUGAACUUUCCAGAAAAUUUGAAAAAGAUUUUGUAGUUCAUCAGGAGACCCAGGCCCUGCUGCAAAAAAAAGAAGAAAGAAUCAAUGAACUUGAAGCAGAAUUACAAGCUUUUAAAUCACAGUAUGGCUCCUUGCCACCUGGUUUUCUGCCAUCAACACGUGGAGAUGCAUCAGUUGUUCCACUGGAAGCUGCAGGACCACAUCGAGUGCUGCCGCCUCCUCCUCCUCCACCACUGCCUUCUAAUGGAGCAAUCCCACCACCACCGCCUCCCCCUCCUCCUCCACCACUUCUGAAUGGCUUGGGAAUUCCUCUGGCUUUUGGUGGUGCUCCUCCACCACCACCUCUACCAGGCUUGCUUGGAGCACAGUGGUCUCCACCUUCAUGUACUUUGCCGUUUGGAAUGAAGCCUAAAAAAGAAUUCAGACCUGAGGUUACCAUGAAAAGGCUCAACUGGUCCAAGAUCAGACCUCAGGAAAUGACAGAAUCCUGUUUUUGGGUUAAGGCGGAAGAGGACAAGUAUGAGAAUGCUGACAUGCUUUGCAAAUUGGAACUUACAUUUUGUUGUCAAAAAAGGGUAAAAAAAGAGGAGGAGGAUUUUGAAGAAAAGAAAUCCAUUAAGAAACGAAUCAAAGAAUUAAAAGUUUUGGAUCCAAAGAUUGCACAGAAUCUGUCAAUUUUCCUUGGCUCUUUCCGAGUGCCUUAUGAGGAAAUCAAAAUGAUGAUAUUGGAAGUAGAUGAAACACAGCUGUCAGAGUCCAUGAUUCAGAAUUUAAUAAAACAUCUUCCUGAACAAGAACAAUUGAAUGCAUUAUCCAAGUUCAAGAGCGAGUAUAAUAAUUUGUCUGAGCCGGAGCAGUUUGGAGUUGUGAUGAGCAACGUGAAGAGACUGCGGCCACGGCUCAGUGCUAUUCUUUUUAAACUUCAGUUUGAGGAGCAGGUGAACAACAUCAAACCUGACAUCAUGGCUGUCAGUGCUGCCUGUGAAGAGAUAAAGAAGAGUAAAAGCUUUAGCAAGCUGCUGGAACUAGUAUUGUUAAUGGGAAACUACAUGAAUGCAGGUUCUCGGAAUGCACAGACCUUUGGAUAUAAUCUCAGCUCCCUAUGUAAACUGAAGGACACAAAGUCGGCAGAUCAAAAAACAACAUUGCUCCACUUUCUUGUUGAAGUGUGUGAAGAAAGCUAUCAAGAUGUCCUGAAUUUUGUUGAGGAUUUUCAGCAUUUAGAUAAAGCUAGUAAAGUCUCAGCAGAAAACCUGGAGAAGAGCCUGAAGCAUAUGGAGAGGCAACUCCAACAGCUUGAGAAGGAUUUGCAGACUUUUCCAGUUCCUGAAGAUAAGCACGAUAAGUUUGUAGCAAAAAUGUCAAGCUUUCUAGUUCAUGCCAAAGAAGAUUUUCAGAAACUUUCAAGGAUGCAUGAGAACAUGGAAAAACUCUAUCAGAACGUGAUGCGAUAUUAUGCCAUUGAUCUGAAGAAAGUUUCAGUGGAGGAGUUUUUAACGGACUUAAACAACUUCAGGACAAUGUUCAUGCAAGCAGUAAAGGAGAAUAUGAGAAGAAGGGAAGCAGAAGAAAAACAGAGACGUGCUAAAAUAGCUAAGGAGAAAGCAGAAAAAGAAAAACAAGAGAGGCAACAAAAGAAAAAGCGCUUGUUAGAAAUGAAAACAGAAGGUGAGGAGACUGGAGUGAUGGAUAGCCUGUUGGAGGCCUUGCAAUCAGGUGCAGCUUUUCGAGACCGAAGGAAAAGGAUACCAAGGUCUAAAGACAUACCACAAAAUCUCAGUCCAGCCACACAGCGGCCUGUGCUGAAAGCUUGUAACCAUGAGAACCAGAAAGGACAACUAGAGAAGUCAUGUUCGCACCACAGUAUCAGUUUAAACUUGACAAGAAGCCCAGUCACCAAAGAGGUUACUUAUGAUGUGGAAGCAAGUUCGACGGCGUGGAACAAGGCUGUUGGGAGAAAGGAAGCCUGUCAUGGAGAAGGCAACAAAGAAAAGAAAAUAGAUCGUAUUGGGUCUCCUUCUAAGGGAGAAGCCAUUCCAGAAGUAGAAGCUCUCCUGGCAAGACUGCGAGCAUUAUAGAAUAAUCAUAUAAAGGAUUAAAUCAAAGCUUAAAACCAAUCUGUAAUAGCCUACAUCUUUAAAGAAACACUGCUUUUCUAUUACUGACGUUACAUACGUCUGAGUUCCUAACUUCUGUAUGGAUGAAUGAUCUACUUCUAAACUGUUUGUUUGCAAGACUGUACAAAAUGAUACUGUAGUUUUGCAUAACUGCAAGAUGAUUUUUAUUUUAUGUUUUUACCUACUGAGCGUACAAAAAAUAUCAGAAGAAAAUAGAUACUAAAUUAUUCUGAGGCACAAUCCUUUUAGUGGACAAACUGCUGACCACAUGUUUUGAGAGCUCAAAAUAGGAAUAUCUUUUAAAUAUUGUUAAAUCAUCAUGCCUAGGAAUAAGGGUCAGUAAAUGACAGAAAAGGUAUUCUUAUAUUUUCUACUGCAAUUUCUAUACUUAAGAGGUUUUAGCACCUAAAAAGUAGUAUUAUAACAUCCUUUGCAAUUAUAUUAAUAGGAAAUAUGUAUCAUAUAAAUCAGCCAUAUUCCAGUUUGAGUUCAUCAAAGAGCACCAAAGCUUGCUGAAUUAUAUAUAUAUUUACAAAACAGAGAUCCAUGGACAGUAAACAAAAAUUCUAUGCAAAUAAUAUACAUUAUGUGUGAUUAAUAUAUCACUGCUAUUAAGCUUAGUUAUUACUAUUAUAUCAAAAUAAUAUAUGCAAUUUCUGUGGUUGCAAGGUUUUGCAAUUGUGUCCAUAGUGGGGGGAAAAUGUCUUCACAGUUAUUUACAUGUGUAAUAUUUUAUCUUUUCACAUGUGAGUUAAUAUGUUUCCGUAAAAAGAACACAUAAUGGAAAAGGUUUUUACAAUUUUUUUUCACAAACUCAUUUUCCAGUAGCCCGUAAAGUCUUAUUUGCUGGCACAAUAGGAAUCUUGCACAUAAUUGCAUCUCUUUUAUCGCACUGUCAUUGUACAUUGUUACAUGUUCACUAUCGUAUUUAUUAAUUGCACAUCAUAAAGAAUCGCUACCUAUGUUACCAAGUAGGAAGCUACUAUUAGUGUCUUUGGUCCAUUAUUUAAAGCUUCCUUAUUAUAAGAAUGUAUUAGGUAUCUAAUAUCUUUCUUCUAACGUACUCUAUUUUUCUUUACAAAAUGCUGAAAAAUAUGUCUUUCAAUAAGAGUCAGUUACAUGAAACCAGUGUUUCAAUGCUCCAGUGCUUUUUAUGUCCUUGUUUAAGUUGCCUUCGUACUUCCUGCACUAAACAUUAAUAAAGUUAAUUAGAACUUGGAAACUGGGCCUGUUUAGACAUACUGCAUGGAGGGUUUUUCAGCCGUCAUAGAAUCCAUCUCAUGUUUCUGAGGCUGUUGUAACUGUCAUUAUACACUCUAAUUACAUUUCCUGCCUUAGCUGAUAAAAAUAAGAGGUGUAAACAGAAGUCAAGGAAAGAUAUAGAGAAAGCCUAUCAGGCAGUCAUUUCUUCAGCUGUCCUUGCAAACAACGGGCAAAGCUGUCAUGCAAGGCUGCCUUUGGUAACUUGAAAUUGCAUAGGGUAACCAUGGAAUUGGGGCUUAAUGCAUCUGUAGUGGAUAACUUGAGAUACAGCUUCUAGUAGUUGUUCCACUAAGGUCUUCUGCACCUCCACUGUUAAAACUUACUACCCCUGUUGACAGGGUGCAGUACAAAUUACUGUCUGCAAACUACAAUACGCUUGGCUAAAUAAAAUGGGGUCUCAAACACAAAGAAAAUACACGUUGAAGAAAAAAAAUAUUAACCAUUCACUGGAUAUCUUCAAUUGCUGAGGACGUGCUAAAAUAAAAGGACUAGGAGUAAAGAACUGUUUCUGAAAUAUUAGCUGGAUGACCUACCAAGUGAAAGUGGAAGUACAAAUUAAUUUUCCUGAACACAGUAAAGUUGUUCACUUGAAUUAGUGGGUAAUAGUCCACAACAGAAACCUGACAGUUCUGGACACUACUGUGUAGUUUAUCAAGCAAAGAAAAGUUACAAAACUAUCUAUCCGCUGAAAUUCUCAAUUAACAAAAUGCUACUAGCAGCUUAGCAUCUUCUGAUUGUAAAAUAAAUAUUUACAUUUAAAAUUAUAGAACUUAAGCUACCUUUUCUUACAGUUUGAGAAGCUUUUAGAAAUGUAUUCCAGGGCUUUUAGUCCUUCUAAGAUACCAUGUUUCUGAAUUAAUCCUUUCAAGCAGCCAUCAAGUUAAUUCAUAGUUUCUUUUGUAUAACUCAGAGAACAAAAAAAGCUAUACAACUUCUUAGAAUCCAUGCAAAUACAGUAUAUAAUUUUUCCCCUUCAGUAUUUCUUUGUACCAUCAUAAUUUGAUGUAUUCAGAGUUCAAGUACACAGUCCAGUUGAAAUACACAGUAAGUUUUCUUUCUACAUUUCAUCUUUCUUUAACUUCCCCUAGAAGCAAAUACACGUGUCAUUUUUACAGCAAAAAAUGCUUGUAUUGCCUAAAGAGUUCAGGUAAAAAUAACUUUGAAAGUAUUAUGUCUG